AUGGCCGCUUUUAUCCCGACCAAGGCGACGGCGAGGUUAGCGACCCUGUCGCUGUUUUGUGGUCUGGGUUCAUUUUUAUGGGGUUAUAAUAUUGGUAUUCUGGCAACGAUCUUUGUCAACCCGGGAUUUAUCAAGGCUCUCCACAGCGUCAAGCCCGCUUCAAAGUGGGCAUCUCAAAAAGGUCUCAUCACAGCCAUUUAUUACCUAGGAACUUGGAUAGGCUAUGUCUUCCUCUCAGGACCACUUGCCGAUCGUGUGGGACGACGAUACUCGGCUUUCACAGGCGCUGUCGUGACCUGCGUUGGUGCAGCGGUAAUGACUGGUGCUCAUGGCAAGGAUGCUUAUGCUAUGAUGAUUAUUGGAAGGAUUAUUUCUGGACUUGGAAAUGCUUUGAUUUCAACAGCUGUUCCGCUGUACCAGAGUGAAAUUGCUCCAGCAAAGAAGCGAGGUGGUCUUGUGGUCAUGAAUCACAUUGGAAUGGUAACUGGUUUGGCUGCUGCGUUUUGGGCCGGCUAUGCUUAUUCUCACUGGACUUCCAAACUUGGUAAUUAUGAGGGAUGGAGAGAAUCCGUUGCGCUUCAAUUCAUCCCAGCUUUAAUCUUCAUUGUCGGAUUACCAUUCUUACCAGAAACACCCCGCUGGUUACUAGAAAAAGGACACACCGACGCCGCCUACAAAUCUCUAACCUAUCUUCGAGCCGCUGAAAACAACCCAGCCGCAAUCGAAGAAGAGUUCACCGAGAUCAAAGACAGUAUCGAAACCAACAAAUUAGUCAAGGAAGUAGCAUGGUACGAGCUCUUCACAGAUCCAUUCCUAUUUGGUCGUCUCUGGAAGGGAGCUCUGCUUCAAUUCAUGGCUCAGAUGUGUGGUGCUACGGCUAUCAAGUAUUACCUGCCUACGGUAUUCAUUGCUCUGGGUCUGUCCAAGGAUUUGAGUUUGAUGGCUAGUGGUAUUGAAAGCACGUUGAAGAUUGGGUUGACGAUUAUGGAAAUGUUCAUCAUUGAUAAGAUUGGACGGAGGAACUCGUUACUCAUUGGUGCCGUUGUCAUGGCUGUUGCUAUGGUGGUCAACGGCGCCUUACCUCUCGCGUACCCACAUAACUCAAACCACGCUUCAGAUUACGCUUGUAUCGUAUUCAUAUUUUUUUUCUCCUUCGGAUAUUCCGUCGGCUUCGGCCCCAACGCCUGGGUCUACGGAACUGAGAUCUUCCCCACCCAAAUCCGCGCCAAGGGAAUCAGUAUCUGCGCCAGCGCCGGUGCCAUCGGCUCCAUUGUCGUAGGCCAAUUCUUCCCAGUGGCUAUCAACAACAUUGGCUCAAAGACAUACUUUAUCUUCUUCGCCAUCAACGUGGCAUGUGUAGUGAUCCUAGCAACACUCUACCCCGAAACCAAAGGCAAGACGCUCGAGGAAAUGGACACGAUAUUCGGCAAGUCGAACUUGGAGGACCACGAGACGCACGACCAUGAGCAUGAGCAUGUUGCGGAUGAGGAGCAGGUUGUGCAUCAGGGGAAGCUGUGA